UGACUCGUGACAUACCCAGAUUGAUGUGCAAGAACACCUUAGUCGUUCUAAGUGUCCGUACCCAUAAAAGAUUUCGUGAGUGACUACGUCAUUGUUGAUGUUCAUGACUCGGAAACAAGGUCGGCGAUCAACGAUUGCCCCACGGAAGAGGUGAGAAACACGCAUGAACUCAAAUGAGACAGGUGGCUACACGUAAAGCAUAUCAAACACCGACAAAAUGGGUGAAGUCAUGCACGACGAAGAUAGCGUACCUGUGUUUUCUCCCCUUAAUAAAUUACCGCAAGCACGAUUAUAGGCCAUCAAAGCCACCCAUACAAACACACGAUGUCCCAGCCGAUGAUUAUACUUUAUGAUGUACCAUCCAAUAUUCCGCAACCUUGGGCCCCCAACAUCUGGCGGGUACGGUUGAUACUCAAUUUUAAACGGCUCCCCUACUGUACUACUUGGGUGGAAUUUCCAGACGUCGAGGAAACCCUCCAUGGCAUUGGGGCCCCACCAACGUCCGUCAGAAAUGAUGGCCGGCCUAUCUUCUCUCUCCCAGUCAUCGUGGAUCCCAUCCGGUCGCCGCAGGCUCCUAUAGUCCUUUCAAAUGCAAAUCACAUUGCUGAGUAUCUGGAGGUCACUUACCCAGCGCGUCAAGUAUUUCCAGAGGGAUCUCGUGCACUGCAGGCGUUGUUUGUGCACUAUAUCCAAGAGAUAUUCGUGAAGCCACUGCUCCCUAUCAUGGUACCUCUUAGUCACCAACAUUUGCCGGAGCGCAGCCAGAGUCAUUUUCUCAGUGGGACGACGCCAAGUUAUCUUUCCGUUCCUCCAGAGAGAGAGCAGGCUUGGAGGGCAGUUCAAGAGCAGUUCGAUUUUCUGGCAAAUAUUCUUGAUAAGAACUCGGGCACUGACGGUGACGGGGUGGUUGCUAUGGGCCACGAACUUACAUAUGCUGACUUUGCCAUCGUUUCGGUACUCAUUUGGAUAGAGAAAGUAGCACCGCAUGAUGGCUGGGUGAGGAUUCGGCAGUGGAACGGAGGGCGGUGGGGUAAAUUAUGGGAAAGGUGCAAGAGCUGUAUGGAUGUAUUUUAA